AUGAGCAAGGCGUCUGAAUAUGAUGAUAUAGAUGAUUUCUUUUGUAACGAUCUUUCCCCGUCUCUUAGUGCAGACGAUGGUUUUGGGACCGCUGAUAUUGCUGUUCCAACUACGUUGUUCAUGAACAAGUCUAAAGUUAGAGGUAGUGUUUCAUCAUUUAGUAAAGAAUGUAGUGAUGGAAGGGACCAGGCAAACUCAGAGGAUGAAGAUGGAUUUAGGUUUCGAUCACGACAAAGGGGCAGGAAAGAGCGGAAUAGCCCAGGAUAUGGGUCUAUAUCACGUUCUAACUCUAGAUCUAGAAGGUCUAGGUCUAGAUCUUUAUCAUCGGAUUCCUUAAGCCCAGUCAGGCCGGCCAAGAGAUCUAGGAAUGUUGAACACUCACAGGAAGAAAGCGAUACUAAUAAGUUUCUUGCGGAAAUCGAGCAGGAAGCAGAAAGAGCUUCAAGCUUGCAUAACAAUGGGUCUCUGAAAAAUGGUAGCAGUAAUAAUAAGGAGAUUGGAACCAAUAUUUACAAUGUUGGGUUCAUCUCUAAACUAGAAGGCUCGACUAAUAAGCGAAUUAAUGUAAGAAUUACGGGAAAGAAGAAGUUUUCCGCUUUUUUGCCUAUUGCUUUGAAGACUUUUGUGAAGGAAUACAAAAUUGCAGCUUCGCUCCACGACAAGUACCAAAUAGAUAAUGUAAAAAUCUACAGGGAGGGCGUUGAAAUUUUCAAGUUCAUGACAUGUGACUCCUUCAAUAUAGCUGAGGCGUAUGCGAGCUCCUCAAUUGACAUUGAAGUCUACAUCGUGCCCAAUGAACUCGCAUCUGAGUUUGAGAUUCAGUGGAAACAGAAAAUCGAAACAAAAAUGAAACGUGUUUCUAUAUCAGCUAGUCCAGUUGAUUUGGAUUCUGAUGGCAUUGAAUUUGGGAAUGAUGAUUUUAGAGUCAAUGAAUAUGAAAAGGAUUUGGCUAAUGCACGAUCACUAGAUGAAACCGAAAUCCAAUAUAGUAAUCAGAUAUCUAAACCAGAUGACGGGAAUGAGCUAAUAAAGGUUGUGUUGCUUGGAUCGGACAAUAAGAAAGUUUAUGUUAACGUGAAGCCUACGACAACAUUUGAAAAGCUUGCAGAACACUACAGAAGGAUCAAAAAACUACCACCUACCACAAAGUUGAUAUUAAGUUUUGACCAUGAUGAUAUUGAUCCAUCAAACACUAUUUUUAGCGCUGCUAUAGAGGAUGAUGAUAUAGUCGAAGUAUCUGUUUUAUGA